AUGCGGCAGACUCAUGGGUUGAUAGAUCAUGUGGAAGUCGCCGCCCUUUCGUUCCUUGCAUCGCCCUACCCACUCAAGGUUGACUGGUGUUUAGUCCUUCUUUAUGAAUCUGAACUGCACCUUCCGGACGACGGCGUUGACAUGUGCGCCCGGGAGGACCUAUUCAGAUAUGCCUCCGGCCGAUGGUUGAUUUAUGAGGAGUACCAAUUGAAGCAGCGUUAUGUGGAAUGUAGUGUUGCCAAUCUUUGCUCUCAAGCUGCCGCCCUCUUUAGUCCAGAAACAAAGUGCAUGCACAUUGUCAAACUAGAGGGAAACUUCAACAAGGCCUUCCUUCUCACAAUGGAUGAUGGCAAUGAAGUUAUAGCGAAGAUUCCUUGUCCGAAUGCUGGGCCACGGUUACUGACAACAGCAUCUGAAGUAGCGACGUUAAAGUUUUUACGGUCCCAUCUGUCGAUUCGAGUCCCGGAGGUGUAUGCUUGGAGAGUUCCGAUCCUACGAACCCAGGACGAAGUGCAGCGCCGUCUAGAUCGGUUCAGUGAUCCCCAGUCCGUUGAUGAAUAUUGUGACCUCUUGCAGAAGGAAAUACUGGUACUGCCGGUCCUGUCACACGAUCCGCGAGUGCUAGAAAGCGCAGCGCAAGCCGCCCCUUUAUUCAUUCAGGCACAGUUCCCUGAAUUCCUUCGGCCACCCAAAAACUACAGUACGGGAACUGAAAUACCCUCUCUACCGGAAAAUUUCGAAGAGCUAGAUCCAGACCAAAAGGAAAGGGUUGCUGAGGAGCAGACAUUAGCAGCCCAGUCUAAAUACUAUGAAAUGUCUUGCCUGGCAUACAACAAGCCCAUCUACGACGCAACGAAGCUGGAUCGGCGACUGUGGGAGCCCUUCACAUGCUGCCAGCUCUUCUCGAAUGGCUCCAUGGUUCCUCUACGAAACUCUCUGGCACGACUAUUUCAGGACUGGGCAAAUAUCGGGCUACCAGGAAGCUGCCCAUUCGAGUUCACAGAAGACGAUCUUCGAAGGCACAACGAGCAGGUCCAACACUACCAAGACACAGUAUAUUUGUGGGACAUUGUUAAGGGCCAACUCCGCACUGACGACAGCGGCUGGAUUCCAGUCGCACAAUGGGAAUCCACCAAAAAAAAAAAAAAAAAAAAAAAAAAAAAAAAAAAAAUGAACAAAUACCUCUUCGACAUGUAUAUGGAGACUCUAAGCGAUGAGUUGCCACCAGAAGUAGCCGCAAAACGGUGGCCUUUUCCCCCAGACUGCGCGUGA